UUAUCUAUAUCUUCCUUUUAAGGAGAAUAGGGAAAUUGGAUUCAGCUAGCAGUGGCUAAUUGCACUGGGGAAUAACCGACUGUGUUAUUAUCAACUUCUCAAUGUAAAACUUGGAUUUACAUAUUUCCUUAAAAUCAAGUAAGCAUUUUUUUCACAUGUAUGGUGGAAAUGCUGCAAAAAAUCAGAAUGCGUCCUAAAGUUCUCACCAAUCAAAACAUCAGCGAAAGUGAAAUCGGUGGUUAUAGCACGGGCCAAGGAUCUCCUUUGCCUGGGGAAACUGCCAGCCCCAAAACAUCUUUGCCAGCUUCUGGAUUAACAGAAUUUAAUGCUGUGAGUCCCAAGAUCUGUCAUAUUUCCCCAGUAAAAACCCAGGAGAUGUCUGGUCUUACUGACUCUAUGCUGAGCACUUUCCCCCUUCAGAAGCGGUAUGUUGGUGUGCGGGUGAAAAUGCCAGUGCGGGAGUUGCUGAGAAAAGUCCGGCUUUCCAAAGGGAUGGACCCCAGUGACACAAAGGAAGCACAAUCAAUAAGGGCAACUACAACUAAAAGAUCUUCUGGAACAACAGCAAGAAGAAAAGCUCACCCUUAUUCAGAAAAACAGCUCAGACAGAAAAAGCAAAGUUCUGAGCAAGCACUAAAAGGCUUGGAGGACCUUGAUAUCUUGGUUGAGGUACUGGAGGAAGACCUGAACAAGAGCCACUCUAAGCUAGAGUCUCUGAGCCCUAUGCCAGCUUGCUGCUGGCACAGCUUUCCCCCUGAUAUUCAGACCUCUUGGUGGGAAGCUAACGGCAGAAAACAACCAGCUGGCAGCCUGCUGGAAAGGAGCAAGAACCUGACCAAAUCACAGCUGUGUUGCUCGUUUCCUGAUUGCCACCAACUAGUGUGUGGACAAAAGGAGAAUUCUUACUUACCCAAUUAUAAAAAAAUGCAACACCCAGACUCCCUGGAAAUAUCAUUUCCGAGUAAAAAUGAGGAACAGAACAGCUGGCAGAUGCAGGAUCCAUUUAUCAGUCCCCAGGGACAUUUCCUAGAGCCUUCUGCACAGGACAGACCUUUCUGCUACAAUCCACCAGGACAUCAUUCAGAGGAGUUCCUGGAAGUUGAUGCAACCUCCCAGGACUAUGUGGGACAUUUAAAGUCAACCUCUGUUUCUUUUGAAGAGCAGGACUUUUCUGCCCUCUCUUUCUUCCAGUUCCAACUAUACUGGGAGGAGAGUCUCCUGAGAAAUAUCCCAGUGGACAAGUUGCUUGCACCUGAUGAAAAUGGGAACAGGCUCCUGCAUAAGGCUGUCACUCAAGGAAGGAGAGCACUGGCUUAUGCACUUGCACAGAGAUUUGCAUCUCUAAACAAAAUUGAUGAGAAGGAUGCAGCAAAACGGACGGCUUUACAUCUAGCUGCUGAAAAGAACCAGUACCUGAUGGUCAAUGAUUUGAUUUCCCUGGGAGCCAAUGUCAAUGAACAGGACAGUUUUGGGAAAACACCACUCCAUUUGUGUGCAGAGAAUGGGUACUUAAGGGUUUUGGAUGUUCUGAAAAAAUGUAAAGAAGGAGGCAUGCAUGUGGAAGUGGAUCAAAUUGACGAUUACGGUUUAACACCAUUGCACUGUGCAGUUCUUGCUCACACUGCAUUAGCGAGGGAGUCUCAAAAAAUCCUCAACCACACUGACAAGCGAAAGUUUCUGCAAAUGCGCAAAGAUCAAAUUCUUGAGGGAAUUAAUUGUUUAUUACAAAUGGGAGCAAACUCUGGGCUGCAGAAACCAAAAUCAUAUCAAACUGUCACUCACUUUGUAAAAUUCCAGGAAAAUAAGGAAAUGACAUGUUUCCCCCAAUCUCAUGGCCCCAAAAGGGAGGACUUUCUUCAGGAGGACUGUGGCUUGCCGCAUGUACUGAGUGGAGGGACCCUUCCACAUUUACAAGAAAUGUCUGAGCUUCCUUCCUCUUUAUCCUCAAAUCACUUUGGCCAUGUUGUUAAAGGUUUUUUCUGUCCUGAAGGAAGCAUUCUACCAGUCCCGUGCCCAGCUGGCACCUUCCGUUCUGUAGAAGGACCUCUGACUUCACACAGUUGCCUGAACUGCCCCGUGAAUUUCUUUAAUCCCACACCUGGUCAAGUGGCAUGUCUUCCAUGUGGCUCAGAAGCUGUGCAACCCAAGGAGGGUCAAGAAACAUGUGUCUGCCAUGGGGAAGGCCGUGUGUUUCAGCUCAGUGAUGCUCACUGUCCAUGUGCUCCAGGUUAUAAGACUUUAAUGGAUGGGAGGAGACACUGUGUUAGACAAGUAUAUGACAUUUGUAGAGAUACAACUUCCCGAAACCAGGAAGGACAGUGCUUGACUAAGAAAGAAUGGAUGAAAUACUGUACAAAUAAGGUUUGUGCCCUUCCUGAAGACUAUCGAGGCUAUGACAAGGUUCUUGGCCUCUGCGUUUGUCAAGCAGACAAUCUGAACACUGUGUGUAACUCUCAGUGUAGAAGACAACAAAGAGACAUUCUGCAGUUUGUCUGUAAAGGGAAAAAUGCUCAACUUUCUAUCACUUACAGAAAUGGGAGCCAGAUUGCCAUUUUCUUGGAACAAUUAAAAGCAGUUCUACAAGUGCUGCAUUCCCCAGCUAAGAAUCCCUGCCCUACUGAGCACAGUAUGUCUUCCUAUCCUGUAUACAUGGUGAAAACAAAUGGAAAAGGGUUUUUGGGUGUGUACAAUCCUGACCCUGAACUGCUGCACAAGCUCAUUGUGCCAAACAAAAUUUCAUCUCCUGACAAAAGUGUACUAUUGUCAGCAGCAACUCCAGGAAAGACUGGCAAGGAAGAUCCUCAGUUUUACUGGACUCAAAGCCAGAGGCCUUCCAACUCUACAUUGCAAAUCACAUUUACAGGCAUCUUAAAUCCCACUACAUGCAUCAAUGGUAACGUUACCAUCCUCUUCAUUGUUUCCAAAGAACAUUAUCCAGUGUAUGAUGUAAACAACUUGUACAACACAAAUAAUGAAUUUGACUGGGGAGGAUUCCGCAGCCUGGCAGAGGAAAUCAAACUGACCUCCACCAACUUCCUCCUUUUCCUGUACCAAUUCCAGCAUCCUGGCACCUAUGUCCUUGGGCUCAGUAGUAACCAGGACAAAAAAAUGUAUAUUAGAGUCAUGCCGUAUGGUGGACAGUGUUAUGAAGAUGGGCCGUUCUUCCCAACAACUCCCAGGCAUGUCAUACAAGUGGGCAUUGCAAGAAUCCCAAACCUUCUUCUGAAACCUGACUGGCCAGCUAUUAUUGGAUUAAUAACAGGACUUCUCAUUUUCCUUAUUACCUGCCUGUUGCUGAUUCUUCUCUGUCAAGACUUGGGUUGGUCCAAAGAAGGAACUACCUGCCCUCCAUUUCGAAGGCUGCAGCUGAAAUAUAAUCUUGACAAAUAUUCCUCCAAAGGAUCCACAGUGAUUUCAGUUAAAAAAUGUCAUCCCAGGCUAAAGAACAAAGGCAGCUUGGAUGAAAACUGUGGCAACGCUGAUGAGACAGAAGCUUUCUUCCUAGAAACAGGUGAAAUCUGGGAGUCUGAAGAACAGAUAAACCUGGAUUCAUUCAAUACCAAGGUCUUCUUUGAAAUUCUGCACAUGCAGUCUCUGUCAGUCACAGCCAAACUGAGCCAAUUUAAAGAAGAGCUGAAAAUCUUGUAUCACAAACUUAUGACGGAAAUAGCUUCACUCAGAGAGCUUUGGAUAAUGAGGUUAAUAAUCCCAGAGAAGGCAAAAUCUUAUGACAGCAUAAUGAUGGGGACCUAUAUGAGAGCAAAAUAUCAGGUAGAGCUCAGUUUUUCUUAG